AUGACGUCAUUGGACAUCCACGUAGAAUUUCCAAGCUGGAGCUGGAUGGGUUGGAUAGGCGAAGCCUGGAUCUCCGUAGGAGAUGAUAGGUGGGAGGUUGGGGAAACCCCCGAAAUCGUCUGCCAUGUACACUAUAACAACCCACCUAGAGUGGUCAAAGUAGUGGAUACAGCUAUCCCAGGUCAUCUAAAUCAACCUCAAAGGAUUCAAAGAAUAACGGAACUCCAGAGAUCAUGGAAGCAAAUUCAUGAUCUAGCGGUUUCAGUCGAUGAUAUCAGUGUUCACUUGAACGAUGUCUAUCGUAGGCUUCAGGACAUUCCAGAAGAGCAUGCAAUCUUCUUUUGGGCGAGUUCGGCUGUCUUCACUCUGGAAGCGGUUCCUUCCCAAGGGAACCGGAACGAGGGACCAAGGAUACUCGAUACUCUAGGAAAGCAAGUUGGGAACAUGGGGAUAAUGAAAAGGGAGUACUUAAAUUCUCGGGGCUAUGAUUCAGGUAAACAUGAGUUAAUCGUUAUUGGGAGUAGAAGGAUUUCUGGAUCCAGUCCAGUAUUAGCCGUACUUCAAAUCGAAAAGAGGGAUGAGAUCGCAUACAGAAUCAAUAUUGGGGAGAUUGAUGAAGAAGC